AUUAGCCUUACAUAUUUUAUCUCUAAACCCUUACUAUCCUUGCAAUUUAAGUCAAGUUUUUAAAAAACCACAGCAUACAAAACAAUUGCACAAAAAACAUGAGCUCUGACAGAAGAUCCUUGGACGGUGAGGUCUAUCCCUUAGGAGAUUGGCAGAAACUGAAGAUACUCCUAUGGAAAAAUUGGGUCCUUCAGAAGAGUCAAAAACUCCAGAUGGUGGCAGCUGUCCUCGUCCCCUUUAUAUUUAUAUUUUUCUUUAUUAUCCUGCGCGUUGUGGUUAAGCCCCACAGCAAGAGCGAGAGUCGAUAUAACCAAGUUCCCAUAGAUGACUUGUCGCCGAUAAUGCGAUAUUCGUCGUUCAUUAACAAUACAAUGCAGCCAUAUCUCUGCUAUACACCGGACACGUCGACAAAUGCUGCUAUAUCAAAAGAAGCCGCCACUUUGCUGUCCCUCAAUGGUUCGCGUCCCUAUGCAAGUGCCCAAGCAAUGGAGAAUGACCUGAUGAAGAAUAACUAUGUGGCCGGUGUUGAAUUUGGUCCGAACGAUGGUAGAGCUAAGGAUGGAUUUCCCCUUAACUUCACCUAUAGCCUGCGAUUUCCCGGUGAAUUGCGAAUACGGAGGAGCUCGAUCAUAGACACCUGGCGUACGAAUCAUCUAUUUGAAAAAAUCAACCAAGUGGGGCCACGCAACCGAGGUGAUGACGAUGGCGGCGCUCCGGUGGGAUAUAUACAGGAGGGAUUUCUACCGGUCCAGCACGCCCUCGCCAUGUCCUGGCUGUCCAAGGCCACGCGACAGAGUGUGUCGGAGCUUCCAUCUGUCCAGCUCCAACGGUUUCCAUUUAGAGCCUACCAGGACGAUUCGCUGAUGGGGACACUGCGUGAGCUGCUGGCCUUGCUGAUUCUCUUGAGCUUUAUGUACCCCUGUGCGGUGGUGACCAGGAGUGUGGCCAUCGAGAAGGAGCUGCAGCUGAAGGAGAUCAUGAAGAUGAUAGGUGUGGCGAACUGGCUGCACUGGAUCGCCUGGUUCCUGAAGAGCUACCUGAUGCUGAUGGUGGUCGUGGUGCUCUACGUGAUCGUGUUCAAGGUAAAGUUCAUUCACUCCACCGCCAUCUUCAGGUAUUCCGAGUGGCUACCGAUUUUGGUGUUCCUGCACACCUAUGUCAUUGCCAGCAUAUGUUUCUGUUUCAUGCUGGCCGUAUUCUUCUCCAAAGCCAGUACGGCGUCUGUGGUUACCUGUAUUUUGUGGUAUCUCACCUUUAUUCCAUUCUCGUUUAUCAAUAACUACUACGAUAGCAUCAGUCUCGCAGGGAAACUGUCAAUAUCUAUGAUCUUUUCGAACACGGCUUUGGGCCUCGGCCUUCACAUUAUAAUGAACCUUGAGGGUACUGGAAUGGGAGCCACUUGGAUCAGCAUGUUCGACACGGUCAAUGAGGACGAUGACAUCACCUUGUUCUACGUAAUCCUUACGCUCACUAUGUCGGCGCUUAUCUACCUGAGCAUUUGUUUGUACGUGGAACAGGUAUUUCCAGGAAAUUAUGGCAUCGCUCGAAAGUGGAACUUCUGUCUCAAACGACAGUUUUGGUGUGAAUCUCAGACCACAGAUCCGCCAAAGAAGACAAAUGGGGCUGGCACAAGAAACCGCAAGGUGGGCGUCGAAUUGAAAAACUUACAGAAAACCUUUGGGAAAUUUAAGGCUGUCAAGGGUCUGAACUUGAAGAUGUAUCGGGAUGAAAUCACAGUAUUACUCGGACACAAUGGCGCUGGAAAGACCACCACCUUGCAUAUGCUCACAGGCAUAAUAGCACCCACAGCAGGAACGGCCUUGAUCAAUGGCUAUGACAUUAGAACCCAGUUGGACAUGGCCCGCCAGUCGCUGGGAAUCUGUCCGCAGCACAAUAUACUCUUCAUGAAGAUGAGUGUCCGGGACCACAUAGUGUUCUUUAGCAAACUGAAGGGAGUCCGUGGAUCCGAGGCUGUUAACAGAGAAGUUAAGAAGUACGUGGAGGUUCUGGGCCUGCAGGCCAAGUCCAAGGUGGCUGCCGAGAAUCUUUCCGGCGGCAUGAAGCGGAAGCUAUCCCUCUGCUGUGCCAUGUGCGGCAGUGCCCGGGUUGUGCUCUGCGAUGAGCCGAGUUCCGGCAUCGAUGCCGCCGGACGAAAGAGCCUCUGGGAGCUGCUGCAGUCGGAGAAGCAGGGUAGGACGGUGCUCCUCACCACCCACUACAUGGACGAGGCCGAUGUCCUGGGCGAUCGCAUAGCCAUCCUGUCCGAGGGCAAACUGCAGUGCCAUGGCACCUCCUUCUACCUGAAGAAGCGAUAUGGAACGGGCUACCAGUUGGUGUGCAUCAUGCAGAAAGACUGCAAUGUAGACGCCGUAACUGAGUUGAUAAAUCGCCAUUUGCCGUAUCUGAAACCGGAAAGGGAAAUGGGCACCGAACUGACCUAUCGAUUGCCCCACACUGAGUCCAAAAAGUUCUCUGACUUACUGGCUGAUCUCGAUAGGAAUUAUGUCGAUUUAAAAUUAAGUGGCUAUGGCCUGAGUGUGGCCACCUUGGAGGACGUAUUCAUGGAGGUCACAAACGAUAAGCGGAACAAGGGAGGUGAGGAGAAGAAAAAUGCGACCCCUGACUUUCAGACCCUUGUGUUUGACAACAAAACGCGCGAGAAUCGAUUUUUGAUUCGUUGCUGUAUGUGCUUUCAGGCUUUGAUGUUCAAAAAAAUAAUGAUAACUAUUCGUAAUUACUGGCUAACGCUGAUAAUGUUCAUGGUCCCUGUGAUCAUACUGUUGUUGACCACAUUCCACGCUCUAGGCAUUCGCAUUUUAAAAGUACUGCCGGAAAUGGAGAUAUCACCACUCCAGUAUAAAUCGAGUUAUGUGGUCUUGGAGGAUAUCUCGACAAACGAUCGAUUGAGUCCCAUGGCCAUGGCCUAUACCAGAAAUAUGGAACGUUAUGGGAAACGCAGUCAUUUGCUGGCAACAGGCGAUCAAAGCAUUGAGGAUUACAUAUUGGGUCGGGACGAGGAAUGGAAUCACCGCUUGGACUAUGCCUUUGUAGCGGGACUAUCAACGGGGAGUGGUAACACCACUAUCUGGCUGAAUAAUAAGCCCCUGCACACGGCUCCCCUGACACUGAAUCUAUUCCAUAAUGCCUUAGCACGGCAAUACUUGGGUAAGCAGUCCGGCACCUAUGUGACCAAUAAGCCGUUGCCAUACAACGAGGAAACUCAAAGAACGCAAAAGUACCAAGGUCACAUUGGCACCGAAAUAGGCCUCAAUUUGGCAUUGGCCAUGUGCUUCGUUACGGCAUUCUUUGCCUUACCCAUUAUCAAGGAGCGGGAGACGCGAGCGAAGCUUCUGCAGUUCCUGUCUGGCGUCGAUGCAUUCUCCUAUUGGACAACAAUGUUCAUAUGGGACUUCCUGAUAUUCGCGAUAUCGGCUUUGAUGGCCAUAUUGACUCUGGCUUGCUUUCAAGAGCCGGGCUAUAAGACUGUCAAUGAGCUGGGACGAAAUUAUGCUUUAUUACUGAUAUUUGGCAUUGGUGCUUUGCCAGUUAGUUAUUUCAUGGCGGACUGCUUCACCGAUACCGCCACGGGUUUCGUUCGCAUUGCCAUUUUGAAUCUGAUAACAGGUUGUGGCCUAUAUAUCAUGAAUAUCCCAUUGGACACGUUUGGUCUGACGGGACCGGUCUGGGUAUUUCGGAUAUUUCCCCAUUUUUGCCUGGCCAAUGGCAUACGCAACUUGUUCUCAGUAUAUGCUAUUCGAAACAUGUGUGAAUCCGCUCCAAACCGGCUCUUACAGAAAUUUGGCGGCCCUAAUAGUUGUUUUUGUUGUAAUCUUCCAGAUUACUUUGCAUGGAAAAAGCCCGGAAUUUUGCCAGAGAUCGUCUAUCUCGUUGUUGUGGGCAUAUUUCUGUUUCUUUUUGUGAUCAUACACGACACCAAGCUGUUCCAGGGUCUUGGGAAACUAUGUAAGUCAAAGAAGCGAUCAGCCGGUGGAUCUUCAGAAAAUCCGGAUGUAGUAGCAGAACGUACGCUGGUCAGAGAACUGUUAAGAUCCCGAAGAAAGCAAAUACCUCUACUUGUGGACAACGUCAGGAAACAAUAUAAGAAAAAACUGGCUGUGAGAGGCGUCUCAUUUCAUGUUGGAAGUGCCGAAUGUUUUGGUCUUCUGGGAAUCAAUGGGGCGGGCAAGACGAGUGUCUUCAAGAUGCUAACAGGAGACCACGAAAUCACCUCUGGAGAUGCUUACAUAGAUGGCUUCAGUGUGUCCACUCAGAUGAGAAAUGCUCGCCAUAAGAUCGGAUACUGUCCGCAAUUCGAUGCAAUCUUCGAGGACCUGACAGGAACACAAAAUCUUCGCAUUUAUUGUCUACUGAGGGGCGUCCAGCGACGUUAUGUGAAAGACAUUAGCUGGACUCUGGCCCGGGCCUUUGGCUUUGAAAAUCACAUGAAUAAGCAGAGCAAACACUAUAGUGGAGGAAACAAACGGAAGCUGAGCACUGCUAUAGCCAUCUUGGGCAACCCAUCGGUGGUUUUCCUGGACGAACCCACCAGUGGCAUGGAUCCCGGUGCCCGGCGUAACCUCUGGCAGAUAAUGGAUCUCAUUCGGACGGCGGGGAAGUCCCUGGUCCUCACCUCGCACAGCAUGGACGAGUGCGAGGCGCUGUGCACUCGCCUCACCAUCAUGGUGGAUGGUCAGCUCAAGUGCAUUGGCUCAACGCAGAGUCUUAAAACUCAGUACGCAAAGGGACUCAUCUUGAAGGUAAAAGUAAAGACCAAAAAGAAAAACGCCCAUAAAACCGCAAAGACCUCAUCUGCGUCAUCAGCGUCAUCCGCGGAAUCCCUAGAACAUAACAGAGAAAAGGGUGAACACUCAGCCGAUGAAACGAAAUUGACACCCGAGGAGGUGCGUUCCAAUCGAAUUUUAAACGUAAAUACUUUUGUACUGGCAAAUAUCCCCGAUGCCGAACUAAAGGAUGAAUAUAAUGGACUUCUCACCUAUUUUAUGCCACAGAAUGAAUCUCUGUCUAGAGUUUUUAAGCUCAUUGAGGAGAACCAGAAGAAAUUAUAUAUUGAAGAUUAUCUGGUAACGCAAACGAGGCUCGAGGAAGUUUUCCUAGAUUUUGCUUCAAAUUGUGAAACCCGUGAGGCAGAUGUAAUUCAAAAGAAACGUUGCUGUUGUUGAUUCUUUAUAAUAUGAAUGUCAGAUACAAAAUUUAUUAUCAGGCGGGAUCCAGUUGGAAACUAUGAUAGAAGAAGUUAAAUUUGUUGUAUCCAAAUACCGUAACCCAUGAAAUUGUCAGUGGAACUUUGAUAAUUGCUAAUCCAAAUUGUGGUAUUUUGUAUUUUUGCUAGAACUGUUUGGCAAAUAUAAUGAAAAUCCAAA